GGCCACAGACGGAGAGAGAGACGGACGCAUGGGCUCGAUAAAACGGGAAACCCAGCCCAUGCCCAAAUGGCUGAUCUGGAACUGUUUUACUUUGAUCAGCCGGAUCCCAGAGACGUCUCCCUGGUUUUAGAUGAAGAAAGUAUCGGCGACAGCGGUGAAAAGUCACUUCAUCCCGGCGGAGGAGAGUGUUCAGCACCAUGGACAGAGAUCAGGGGAGCUCCGCGUCCGGAGGAGGAAACGGAAACAUCUUUUACUUGCAAACACCAACAUGAUGAAGAUGCUGAUGAUGUCCAGCUGAUAGGUGCGAGUCCAGAAACCUGCAGAUCCUCGAGUGAACUGUACGAGGAGGAGGAGGUAAUGGAGGAAGCGGAGGAGGACUUCCCGGAACUUUACUUGCUGUCCGACGACGACCUCUCCUCUGAGGACUCGGGGAAGUCUGUGGAUUACGGCUUCAUCAUCGCCGUGACUUGUCUGGUAACUGGCAUCUCUCUGGUCGCCAUAGCUUACACGGUCCCCAGGGACGUCCGGGUGGACCCGGACACUGUGACCGCCCGGGAGAUGGAGCGUCUAGAGAGGGAGAAAGCCAGAGUGGGAGCCCAUCUGGACCGGUGUGUCAUAGCGGGACUGUGUCUGCUCACCCUCGGGGGCGUGCUGCUGUCCACGCUGCUCAUGAUCUCCAUGUGGAAAGGGGAGAUGAUGAGGAGGAAAGCCUUCGCCUAUUCCAAACACGCAGCAAAGUUGUACGGAUCCAUCAGUUUGAGAGCUGGCUCCAGCCCCACUCGGGAAUCCUGCUCGCAUUUGUCAGUGGCUGACGAGGAUUUAGAAGUGCUCAGCUGAAAUUAUGGACAGGACAAGCGGAAAAGACUCAGAAAGUGCUUAGAAAAUCCUGUCAGAGCUGUCCUAUAAUCGGCAGGUUUAAUGCCUUUUUCAUUUCUAACAGCUAAUGCUAGUAUUUUGGUUAAUAGAUAGACUUCUUUUGAAAGGAUAGGCUUGCAUUUUUUCACGUCUGUUGUAAUACAGUCCUCGCAUAUGGGAGUUAUUGGUUGCUGUUAUUGUCCCUUCAGCUCAUCCAAUCUCAGUACAGAUGAUAGGGGCCACAAUCCACAAUCCUCUUUCUGGGUAUAUGCAGGAAUAUAUAUAUAUAAAAAUAAGGCUAAAUAUAGUAGUUUGAUUUGGAUGAAUACAGCCCAAAAGAACAGAGCUAUUGAAGAACUCACAGGGCUAUUUGAUAGCAGUAAGUUGCUUUAGGUACGGUGAAGCAUGAAAUACAGUCAGGAAGCCCAGGCUGUGCAACAGAUGCACUGAAUGUGCCAAAACCAAAACACUGCACAGCAGGUUUCUAAAACACUGAAAGCUGGAAAGCUAUAAUGGUGGCUAUCAUUUUCUCAUUUGUGUUUUCAGUUGUGCAGGAAAUACCAAAAAAUAAAUAAGUGUUCACAUCACAAGUGAGCAUUCGAUUUAAUGAAAUGGGCCUCCUCAGUUUUCUUGAACGCCUCUGUGAGCGCUAAUAUGUUACCCCAGUCAAAACAAGCAUCACUCUUUGUGUUUUUAUCCAUCCGCUGAAGUGAAAACACAAUGAGGGAAACUUGAUUUUUGUUAUGGUCAGUUUAGACUGCUGAAGCCUGAUGUCAGCUUCCAUUACUCAUGUGUGAAAAGGGAUUGUGGUUUUAGUCCACCAUCACUCAGAUUAGGAACAGUUACAGCAAACAAAGACAUGUUUUCGUGCACCCACUAUGUGUGCAUGCUAGUGUUGUGUUAAGAUAGACUUGAGCAAAUGUCAAUCUAUUCUUUGGGUAUGUAUAGACGGUGAUGUGCCAUAUAAACACCGAGACUUCUGAGGCUAAAACCACGAUGUAUUCUUU